AUGUCAAAGUUACUGGCGAUGCAGCGGCAUAAAAAUGAAAAUUCAAAGGGUAGUAGUGGUUGUGCUGAUGGUUGUGGUUGUGGUAGUAGUGGUAGUGGUGGUGGUAGUAGUGGUGGUGGUGGCAGUGGUUGUAAUGGUAGUUGUGGUAGUGGUGAUGGUAGUGGUAGUGGUAGUGGUGUUGGUAUUGGUGGUUGCAGCAGUAGUUGUGUUUGUGGUGGUAGAAGUGGUCCUGGUGGUGGUAGUGGUUGUGGUAGUGGUUGUGGUAGUAGUGGUGGUAGUAGUAGUAGUAAUGGUGUUGUUAGUGGUGGUGAUUGUAGUAGUAGUGAUUGUGGCAGUGGUAGUUGUGGAGGUAGUAGUAGUAGUAGCAGUGGUGGUAGUGGUAAUAGUGGUGAUUGUAGUGGCAGUAGUGGUGGUAGUAGUGGUAGUGGUUGUGUAAGUGGUAGUAUUUGUGGUGGAAGUGGUAAUAGUGGUAGUGAUGUUGGUGGUUGUAGUUUAAGUGUUGGCGGUAGUGGUAGUAGUGAUUUUGAUAGUGGCAGUAGUAGUACUGGUCGUGGUGGUGGUAGUGGUUGUGGUAGUAGUUGUAGUGGUGGUGGUAGUAGUAUUUGUGGUGGUGGUAGUGGUAGUACUGGUUGCGGUAGUGGUAGUAGUGGUGGUGAACAAGCCUUUUCCGGUGAAUGGAAAGUUAAUAGAACGUUAAUAGAAAGUGAAUGGAGCUAUUUGCAGCAGCUGUUCGCCGUUCAUUCACCCCAUCCGGUGAAUGAUUGGUGA